AUUCAAAUUUUCAAAAAUAGAUAUCUAUAAAUAUACAUACACAAACUAAAAAAUCGGGAAAGCAAGAAAAUGGAUUAUAGAGAUGGUGAUAAUAGAAGAAGUGGUAUGAUUUUGAAUGAAGAUUUUAAUGUCUUUGAAGACCAAAAAGAUGCUGAUGAUGAAUUAACAAGGGUUGCUUUAGCAGAAAUAGAAAGUGACACUCCUAAGUCACCUCCUCCAAGACCUCCACCACCACGUCCAGUAAUCCCACCAAGAACUAGUAGCCGCCAACAUUCAGAGGAGCCUCCUGUAAACGGACCACUUACCAUGGAGCAGUUGCGGCAAGCAUAUGAAGAUAUUGCAAAAUAUAAGAUUUUUCAGCUUGCAGGGGAUGAUUUAACUGGACGCCCUGUCAUAGCUUUCAGUGCGUGUCGUCUUCCUGUCAGAAGUCUUAUAGACCAUCAAGAGCUGCUAAGUUUUUUGAAAGAAAUGUUGGAACAGUAUGUGGAAAGUGACUACACUUUAGUAUAUUUCCAUUAUGGAUUGAAUAGCCAAAAUAAGCCAUCUUUAAAAUGGCUUCUACAGAUUUAUCGCGAACUAGAUAGAAAGUACAAAAAGAAUUUAAAAGCAUUAUUCAUUGUCCAUCCAAGUAACUUCAUUAAAAUAGUAUACAGUAUGUUUCGUCCCUUUAUAAGCAAAAAAUUCGGUCGGAAAAUUAAUAACAUUAACAGAUUAGAUGAAUUAGCACCUCAUAUCAGACUUGAUCAGUUGGACAUACCGAAAGAAGUUCGAGACCAUGAUGAAAGAAUUGCAACUAAACUAAAACCAACACCAGUUUCGAUAUUUCACACAAAAUUAGAAAAACCAAAGACGCAGCAAUUCGGAGUCAGUCUAAAAGAUUUAAAGGAAAAAUCUGGUGAUUCUAUCCCAAUAGUCGUUCAUUCAAGUGUGUCAUUCAUUGUAGAGAGUGCACUGGACGUUGAAGGGAUAUUUCGUAGAUCUGCACAAGCAAUGUUAGUAAAUCAAACAGUUGAAAAGUUUAAUAAUGGUGAAAAAGUUGAAUUUACAGUAGAUGAUGUACAUCUCGCUCCUGCCAUCUUGAAAAAGUUUCUUCGCGAGCUACCAGAACCUUUACUUACGUUUAAAUUGUACGAUAAAGUUAUGGAUGCAUGUUCACUGCCGGAAGAGGAGCGGUUGAAAUUCACUCAGCAUAUGUUUAAUAAUGAGCUACCGGAAGAGAAUCGUACAGUGCUUAUAUAUUUACUGCAGUUUUUACAAAAGGUCGUGGAUCAUUCGUCAGCAAACAGAAUGACAUCAGGGAGCCUAGCAAUAGUGUUUGGACCAAACGUUCUUUGGUCCAUGAGCGAGGCGUCAACACUGACAUCAAUGUCAAAAAUUAAUUCUUACACAAAGUAUGUUAUUGACAAUGGAAGCUUAAUAUUUGACGAAUCUUUUGCCUAGCUGUAGUAUACCUAUUAAAGUUACUGGCAUACCAAAUGGGCUUUUCCACCCUGACAAUAUAAUACUAUGCUGUUCAACUGUUGAACUCCGUUUUAAUACUGCUAUCAACCGAUAUGCGUGAAAUUUGUUAAUUUUCGCCACUAGUCAAAACGAGGAGUUAUACUUUAAUAAAAUAAUACCCGUAUACGUCUCUUCGUUUUAUUAAAAUUAGUUGUUUGCCCGUAAAAAAUCCACGGGUUCGCCCGUCCUUUUUAUACCGCAUUGCGUGCGUCUCGCUACCUGCGCAGCUAAGCUACCAUUUUGCGUUACAGACAGAAGGACGGACGUAUACGGGUAUUAUAAAAUAGAUGCAAAACACAUGCGCACUAUGGUUAGCCCAUCGUUAGUGAGAACAAAGCUUAACUGUUUAAAAAAUGCUCCCCGAUGUGACCCUUUCACAAGAUAUAAAUUUAUUUCCAGUCAUCAACUGUUCACCUUUUGAAUGAAUGCGCGUUACCGACAAAAUUAAUAUUAUGACUUAUUCCAGCAAACUUUUUUUGCAAUAAAUUUUAUGGUAAUUUGUAUAUAAAUUUUUGGGUCUAACAAUACAUUAUCAGAGAAAAUAUAAACAUAUUUUCCAAUGUCUUUCACUCCUAAUUUGCUUUGCACACUGUGAAUUACUGUUUAAAUCCCCUG